GCCGAGGGUAUAUCUUCUCUGAGAUUUGCUUACAAACUACUCUACCUACGCUAAAUCCUCCCUUGCAUGUAAUCCCACCUCCCCUACCCCAACCAAACAAACAAACUGACCUUGGGUUUCUCAUAAUUAAACAUGAAGAACACCUCAAUCCCCACUCCUAAAGUUCCUUUUACUUAUAUACUUUGAAGUGGGCCUAUUUGGAUACACCACCAUAUUUUGUCCUUUGAUGAAAAAAGUACUAUUGGUACCACUUAACAGCAACAACUUUCCUUCUCAUCAAGAACAUGUAUGCUAUUGCUAGCACAGGGCGAUGUGGUUUUGUUAGAUCUUGAUAUUGAUCACUACAUUCUGUAAAUUAGUUUCUCCAUAAGAUGGAAACAUCAAACUUUGACAUUGAAGUACAAGUCUCAUCUGGAAUUGAUUCUGAUCUCACUAGUCAGGUCGCGUCUAACAUUGAGUUUUCUAAAUUAAGUUCAGAACAUCUGUCACUUGACUUGUCUCUCAGCUUCAAAUCUAGUACCGAUGAAUUUGCCAGCCAAGAUUCGAUAGGCUUUUCAGUAUCCAGCACGUGCGAAAGCAGCAAUGAACCUGUAACACAAAAUUCAGGAGGAGAAACAGCAGUUAGAAGAGUUUUCACUUGCAAUUUCUGCAAUCGUAAAUUCUACAGUUCACAGGCUCUUGGUGGUCAUCAGAAUGCACACAAACGAGAAAGAACGUUAGCAAAACGAGCAAUGAGAAUGGGCAUUUUCUCAGAUCAAAGGUAUGCUAAUUUGGCUGCUCUGCCAUUGCACGGGCCUAGUGCGCGUUCCUUAGGAAUCAAAGCGCAUUCUUCAGUGCACCCUCAGGGUUUUCCACCAACAAUGAGAUCACUUGAUUUCAGGACAAGCGCGAGAUUUGAAUAUGGACAACAGCAGAGUCCGCCAUUAUACGUGGAGGAUAUCGACAAGGCUGAUCAAUUAUUAUGGCCUGGUAGUUUUCGCCAAGUAACUAACACUGUUGGCUCUCAUCAUCCUACUUUUGCUUUUGCUGGAUGUUCAAAUAUGACUUCCCUAGAAUGGACUCCAUCUGUUGAAAAAGAUGAAUUGACACCAGAUCUUACACUGAAGCUUUGAGCAGUUGAAAUAGCAUAUUACUUCCUCAAUUUCGAUCUCUUACUUACUCUGUACCAACAAUGUGUGCAUUUUGGAAUAUAUAACUUAACGGAUUUGGAUUCAAGAUCUUUGUUUUGAUCUACUACCAGCUCAGGUCCAGUGACUUGAGAAUGUUAAUUAGGUGAUUGAUGUACAAUCUGAACAUGAAGGGGAGCCUUGGAGCAAUAAUAAGUUGUUUAUGUGUGAACUAUAGGUUAGAGUUCGAACCGUGCAAGCAGCCACUAAUGCUUGCAUUAGGUUAGGUUGUUCAUAUCCCCAAACCCUACGUGAAUGUGGGAUGCUUUGUGCAUCGGACUGCCAUUUUUGUUGUACAAUCUGAAUGUAUUUUAUUACAAAUUGUAACAAUUUUCCUUUUACAAAUGUUGCUUUAAGUAGGGUGUGAUUGUUAUUGACUAUAAUAUAGGGUAAAAAUCCCUUGAGUGUGUGGUCUAUCCAUUUGGAAAGAUUUUAAUCCUAAUAGAGAAACAAUCAAUGUUGUGUUUGUACUAA